AAGAGGAAGAAACUCUCAGAGGGAGAGAGAGAAGCUGCCGAUGGAUGGAGAGGGAGCAAAAUAGAGAGAAAUUCGGGAAGAGAGGAGAGCAACCAAGCAGAGAAGCAUCGGCGGCUGAGAGGGACUAAAAAGAGGAAGAGAGUCCACUCGAUUUAUUUCCGUCUCGCGAAUCCGAGAGGGAGAUCAUAUCUUGGUCUGAACUACCAGCUUUCAUACUCAUGAUUUGCACCUUCGCGUAAAACCCGACACCCGCCAUUUUCGUCCCUCUUGUCACUUAACACAUAUGUCGCCAAGCUCGAGCACGCUCGCUCGAGAUGACAAGUUCCGGCAACCUGCGAUAAUGGCCCCCGACGAAGCAUCCGUCUCCAUCAUGACACAGGCCUUUCAUUUCUCAUCUGGAAACCCUAGAAUCGAAGAGACUCGCGGCGUCAUGCAUCUAUUCUCAUAUGAUGCCGUUCCGUCCUCCGAUCUCCCGGUUGGAAGGAAACCUCUUGUAUGCGUGCUUGGGGUGCCGAAUCACAUGACAUAUGCAGAUUUUUGCCAGUUUUGUGCAUCCUUCAUUCAACAUAUAUUGGAGAUGCGCAUUGUCAGAAAUGAUGGUGUGGAGGAUCGGUAUAGUGUUUUGAUAAGAUUUGAUAGUCAGGACUCUACAGAUAAAUUCUACCAGCAUUUUAGCGGGAGACAGUUUAAUUCUUUGGAGGUAGAGGUCUGCCAUGUACUUUUUACUGUUGAUGUACAGUUUACUGGUUAUAGUGGUUCUCUGGAUCAUGCACAGCCUUCCCCUGCAAGUGCAACUGAACCGCCUUCCUGUCCAGUUUGCCUUGAGAGAUUACACCAAAACAUAGGUGGGAUUCUUACAACUAUCUGCAAUCAUUCUUUCCACUGCUCUUGUAUUUCAAAAUGGACGGAUUCGUCUUGUCCGGUCUGCCGAUACUGUCAGCAGCAGCCUGAAAAAUCUACAUGUUUUGUGUGUCAAACUUCUGAGAAUCUCUGGAUUUGUGUUAUCUGUGGUUUUGUUGGAUGUGGGAGGUAUAAAGAAGGACAUGCCACAAGGCAUUGGAAAGAAACACAGCACUGUUAUUCUCUGGAAUUGGAAACACAGCGUGUCUGGGAUUAUGUUGGUGACAAUUACGUUCACCGGCUAAUUCAAUCCAAAACUGAUGGUAAGUUAGUUGAGUUGAAUGGACAUUGCAUGCAUGCUAAUGACAGUUGUGGAAGCUGUGGCUGUGCCGAUUCUGGGAUUAGUGAGGCUCUUUUAAACAGCAAAGUUGAUGCGAUUGUUAAUGAAUACAACGAACUUCUUGCCACCCAACUUGAGAACCAAAAACUAUAUUUUGAGACAUUGCUACAAGAGGUCAAAGAGGAAACUGAAAGGGAAAUUUCUGAAGCUGUUAACAAGGCUGUCGGUCAGAAACUGCAGAGGAUGAAAGCCAAGCUUGAUAGAUGUGUCAAAGAGAAGAAAUUUCUUGACGAUCUCAACGAAAAUCUACUGAAAAAUCAGGACAUAUGGAAGGCAAAGAUUUUGGAAAUGGAGGAGAGGGAGAAGAAGGCCUUGAGAGUGAAGGAUGAAAAGAUUCAGGACCUGGAAGAAAAGCUUAGAGAGUUGAUGUUGCACCUUGAAGACACAGAAACAGUGGAGCAGAUACCAGUUGUAAACGAAAUAGAAGAUGAUACUCACUUACAAGGAAUAGGGUCUUCUUCCACAACGAUGCAGAGAGAAGAAAAGAAGGUCAGUAACCAGAAAGGAGGUUGAAGGAUUAAAGAUGGAUACUUAGGGUUGGGGAUUAACCAGAAAAGGCUGCAUGAUAUGGUUCCAUUUUGGACAAAGUCUUUGUAAAUUUGUUGUGUUACAUAUUUUCAGCAAAAUUGGCAGCUGCUGAUUAUUUUUGGAAAAUCUAGGCUGCAGUUAUCAGCAUAGUAUGACCAAAGUAGACUAGUUCAUAUUUUUCUUCUUUUGUAAAGGAUGGAAACUCGGUCUUGUAAGAUUUGAAUCCGAGAUCCAAGCUUUUUAAGUUGGAUUUCCUGGGAACCAAGUGCCUGUACAAAAACUAAACAAAUUAGAAACCAAAAUAAAAAGAUACUCUUUGUACA